UAAUGAAAUCCAUUUUUGUCUUCGCCGUGCUGGCAGCUUUGGCUCUUGGAGCACAAUCUGCUCCAUCUCCAUGUGAAUCAUGCAAAUCGAUGGUUCAAAACUUCAUUGAUGCUUCUAAGGAUCGCAUGAAGAUGGCUCAACUGAAGGUUUCUCUUUCAAUGCUCUGCGUAGGUACAUCUCAUCAAUCUGACUGCUCAAAGACUCUUGACAAACUUGACUUCAUCGCCUACAAACUUGCUCCAUACUUGGCUGACACCUCCGCUGUAUGCUCAAAGCUCCAAAUGUGCGGUGAAUCUCAAUUCUCACCACUUGCUCGUCUUGCCAUGCUUUACUUGAAGAAAUCAGAGGCCAUCGUAGCUAAUGAUAACAUUAUGAGACAAGAAGUUUGUGACGAAUGUCAGGCAUCAACUGCACAGAUCGGAAAACUCGUUGGGGAUGAAUUUACUACCUAUGCAGUCAAAUCUACCCUUCAACGCUUUGUCUGCAAGAGCGCCGGAAAAGCCCACAAGGCAUGCAACAUCUUUGUCUCCUCCGUCAUUCCAGAUCUUAUGACCGAGAUGAAGGAUAUGUUCACCGAAAAGGAACUUAUGUGCUCAAACAUGGGACUCUGCUCUGCUACAUCCAAGCCAGCUGCUCGUGAAGCUCCGAAACAACCAGCAUCUGAGAUGUGGAAGUCUAUGGGAAUGGUGAAGACAAGCAACGGAGAGGAGCUUAUGUCUUGCUUCGAGUGCACACUUUCCGCUGAUGCUCUUCUUCAGGAAUUCAUUGAUAAGAGACAAGGAACAGCUGAUGACAUCCAAACAGUUGCCUGCAAUAAGAUGGUUGCCAACUGGACAGAUGGAUGCAAUGACUUUGUUCAUAUGUAUAUGUCAACUGUGCUUUUCUUGACUUACAAUCAAUUUGAUGGAAGAGGAAUCUGCACAAUGAUGCAUUCAUGCGAAAAGAAGGAAAAUGCUCUCGUAGAAAUGGCCAUGUCAGAGAAGGUUAUGUUGGGAUGUGAAAACUGUAAAGCUGUCGAGCACUUCUUUGCUCAAAACCAAGAGGCUCUUCACUCUCACGCUGUUGACGGACUCUACUCGAACGUCUGUCAAAAGCUUCCAACUGCUCUUGGAACUAUGUGUGAAGCCUCAAUCAUCCGCCUGUCUCGCAAGUUCUUCGCCCGUACCGCCGACCUCGCCGCAAGCGGAGCAAUGUGCUCGCAGAUGUGCUAGAGCGUCAAUGCUCCAGAGUUUGAAUCAAGAAUUUCGAUAUUAUCUCCAAUUUCAUGUUUUCUUAUUUAAAAUGAACAUUUCAAUCGC